AAAUCAGAUGAUUUGAUUAGUCUAUUGAGAAGUUUUUACUUGGUUUUACAUGGACAGAUUGAUUCAGUUGCACUUCCUUUAGCAAAUACAAAUAAUCAAGAUUAUGCUAGUAGAAUGUUAGAUUUUUGGAAAAUGUAUGGGAAAUCCAACUUAUGGAAGGAGUUAUUUGAACUUGCUAGAAAUUGUAAUUAUGAAGGGUUAAAGGUUAAGAUUGGUGAAUUAUAUUAA